AAAUACUUUUCAAACAUGAAAGUUUUGCUCUCAGUUCCAUUACAGUUGUGCUUUGCUGAUGUGACAUCUAGUUAUCAUAGAAUUUAGAUACACAUAAAAAAUAAAAAAAUAAAAAUAAAAAACUCUGCUACAUUGAUAGAGCAGAACAAGUAGAAACUAUAAUAACCUUAAAAUCUCAUCAAUAUCUAAUUGCAUGAACAUAAACCAAUGGAAAAAUCUCCAUAUACUUCCCGUCGACGAGAAGAAGCAGAGUUCAAUCUGAGAGAAUGGGGUGCCAAGGCCAGAAUUAGCCGCGAAAACACGAAUUCGAGAAGGUAUUCAGCAUCAUAUAUCAGAAGUUUUAGAGAAGACGCAAGGUCUUUCAGAUCAAGCAUAACCAUCUCUAGCACUGCUUCUUCACCAGGCUACUGCUUAAGAGAUGAAAUUGACCCAUCUACAUACUCAUUCACCACUGCUCUCCAAGCAUUGCAGGCAAGGUCAGUCUACAAUAGUUGGGAAUGCUUAUCCCCAGAUGGGUUUGCUUUGAAUUCAAAAUGGAAUGAAGCAGAGAAAUAUAUAUGCAACCCUCUUUCGGGAGAGGUUCCAAUGGAGUGUUUAUCAGCAAAAACACUCAGUGGAAGAUCAUUUCGUAACUUAACAAAUAGAAUAACAAUGUCAGCUCCUCUCAUUUACCCUUCCCAUUCUAGACAUUUCCAAACUAGGCCUCCUAAUCCUAAUACAGUACAUGAAGAUGUAGUUCAUCCUGUUCCAAUCCCAGAAAAGAAAAUGGGAAGUAUGACUAGGGAUGUUGGAACUCAAAGCACUCCACCUGAUCUUAGUUCAAGUAGUCCUAGUCCUGCUUCGACCCCUCCCAUUGUAGAGAGAUCGUUAAAACGUUUUGGACUUGAAAAUGGAGAUUCACCAAAUUCAUAUGCAAAAUUAAAAUCUCAGCAAGAGGUAAAAAUGCCAGAAACAAGAGAGAAAGAAGAAACAAAAAGAGAAGAGGGAAAGGAAAAAGAUGAGCAAAAGCAGCAGAGUCAAGGAGGGUGUUUGUCAUGGAUGAGAAAAAGGCAGAGAGAGAAACACAAACCGAGAAAGAAGAAUAUCUUUGCCCUCCGUCUUAAAGGGUGCUAGAAAAUAAAGCUGAAACUGGAAAAAAAAGAAUAUUGGUCGAAUGGUUGGGAGAUUCUCUUUCCUCUCUCUAUCAACAGAGAUCUUGCAGGCCCAGGUCACUGCAUGAAUGUGUCUGCCAUUGAUAGAGAAAUUAAGAACAAUCAUCAAAGAUGGGUGGGAGUGUAUAUCAUUUCUAUUAUUUUCUUUUUUUCUGACUUCUGAUUUCUUUAAUUGUAGUAGUAGAGCCCAGGUGAUGUUAUAUUUUGUUCUUUUCGUGGUGAAAGUUGGCUGCAAGCUUAAAUGUUCACGUGCAUGCUUUUGUCCGUGCUUUAACAAUGGAAAAAAAGCUCUGUCUCUGUCUC